AUGCCUGGUGCGUAUAAAGGGGAGUGUGGGGACGAUGUGGACCCCAUGCCGUUCCUGGUUCCAUCGGAGAAGGAGCGCCUGGAUGCGAUGAACAAAGCAUACGACAUCAAGCGCUCCUGCUGGGUCAAAGAUGACAAGGAGGCCUUCGUCGCUGGGGAGAUUACGUCUGAAGAUGGGGACAAAGUCACCAUCAAGACAACCAAGAACACUACUGUAACCGUGAAGAAGGAUGAUGUCCAGCAGAUGAACCCUCCUAAGUUCUACCAAGCCAGCGACAUGGCCAACCUGACUUUCCUCAACGAGGCCAGUGUCUUGGAAAACCUGCGCAGCCGCUACAUCAACAUGAGGAUCUACACCUACUCAGGCCUCUUCUGUGUGACCAUCAACCCGUACAAAUGGCUUCCCAUCUAUGGCGCUAAAGUGGCCCAGAUAUACAAGGGAAAGAAACGCAACGAAGUCCCUCCUCACCUCUUCUCCAUCUCUGACAACGCCUACCACGACAUGAUGAUGGAGCAUGAGAACCAGUCGAUGCUGAUCACCGGAGAAUCUGGUGCUGGCAAGACUGAAAACACAAAGAAGGUUAUCCAGUACUUUGCCAAUGUUGGAGCCACUGGGAACAAAGCCCCAGACUCCAAGGGCUCCCUGGAGGACCAGAUCAUUCAGGCUAACCCAGUGCUGGAGGCAUUUGGAAACGCCAAGACCAUCAGGAAUAACAACUCCUCACGCUUUGGAAAGUUCAUCCGCAUCCACUUUGGGCCGACAGCUAAGCUGGCUGGUGCUGACAUCGAGUCCUAUCUCUUGGAAAAAUCAAGGGUGAUUUCCCAGCAGCCUGCUGAGAGAGGAUAUCACAUUUUCUACCAACUCCUGUCUGGAAAGAAGCCUGAACUUCUAGAGGCCCUGCUGCUGAAUCCAGACCCCAAACAGUAUGUGUGGGUGUGUCAGGGAGUCACCAAAGUGGACAACAUGGAUGACGGGGAGGAGCUGCUGCUCACUGAUGAAGCCUUUGAUGUCCUGGGCUUCACUCCUGACGAGAAGAUGAGUGUGUACAAGCUGACUGGAGGCAUAAUGCACUUUGGAAACAUGAAGUUCAAACAGAAACCCAGAGAGGAGCAGGCUGAUGUGGAUUCCACUGAGGUGUCUGACAAAGUUGCCCACCUCAUGUCCAUCAACUCUGGGGAGCUGCAAAAGGGCAUAACACGGCCCCGGGUCAAGGUUGGCAACGAGUUCGUGACCAGAGGUCAGAACCAGGACCAGUGUGUGUACUCUAUCGGUGCUCUGGCUAAAGCCAUCUAUGACCGCAUGUUCAAGUGGAUGGUGACCCGCAUCAACAAGACGCUGGACACCAAGAUGCAGCGGCAGUACUUCAUAGGAGUGCUGGACAUUGCUGGGUUUGAGAUCUUUGAGUUCAACAGCUUCGAACAGCUGUGCAUCAACUUCACCAACGAGAAGCUGCAGCAGUUCUUCAACCACCACAUGUUUGUGCUGGAGCAGGAAGAGUACAAGAAGGAGGGAAUCGACUGGCCCAUGGGGAUUUUCUCCAUCCUGGAGGAGCAGUGCGUGUUUCCAAAGGCGACAGAUGCAACCUUCAAAGCAGCUCUGUAUGAUAACCACCUGGGGAAGUCCUCCAACUUCAUGAAGCCAAAAGGGGGGAAGAAAGGAGCUGAGGUCCACUUUGAACUGGUGCACUAUGCUGGCACUGUGGGCUACAACAUUAUAGGCUGGCUGGAGAAAAACAAAGACCCCCUGAAUGAGACGGUGGUGGGGCUCUUUCAGAAGUCCUCCAUGCCCCUGCUGGCCCUGCUCUUCAAAGAGGAGGAGGCUGCUGCAGGGACCAAGAAACAGAAGAAAGGUUCUACCUUCCAAACGGUCUCCAACUUCUACCGGGAACAACUCAACAAGCUGAUGAGCACCCUGCGAAGCACUGCUCCCCACUUUGUCCGCUGCAUUGUGCCCAAUGAGUUUAAAAAGUCAGGUGUGACAGAUAACUACCUGAUCCUGCACCAGUUAGCCUGCAAUGGAGUGUUGGAGGGCAUUCGCAUCUGCAGGAAAGGAUUCCCUAAUAGACUACAGUACCCAGAAUUCAAGCAGAGGUACUAUAUCCUCAACCCCAAUGUCAUCCCCAAGGGAUUUGUUGACAACAAGAAGGCAUCUGAGCUCAUCCUCGGUUCUAUUGGCUUGGAUAAUACGGAGUAUCGCAUUGGCCACACCAAGGUGUUUUUCCGUGCAGGUGUCCUGGCAAAGCUGGAGGACAUGCGUGAUGAGCGACUGGCGAAGAUCAUAACCAUGCUGCAGGCUCAGCUCAGAGGAACUCUGAUGAGGGUUGAGUUUAAGAAGAUGGUGGACCGACGAAUUGCACUGAUGGCCAUCCAGCGCAACGUGAGGAAAUUCCUUCAGCUACGCUACUGGGGCUGGUGGAAACUUUACACUAAGGUGAAGCCCCUGCUGAUGGUCGCCCGUCAGGAGGAGACCUUCAAAGCUAAGGAGGAGGAGCUGAGGGCGGCAGUGGAUAAGAUUAAGCAGCUGGAGGGCAAGAUUAAAGAUCUAGAUGGGAAGAUGGUCACUCUGUCACAAGAGAAGAAUGACCUGGCCCUGGUUCUGGCUGCAGAGCAGGACACGCUAGGCGAUGCUGAGGAACGCUGCACCCAGCUGAUGCGCCAAAAGGCCCAGCUGGAGGAGUCAGUACAGGACCUGAAUGAGCGCCUGGAGGAGGAAGAAGGCAACACGGCCUCUCUGCAUGGCCAGAGGAGGCAGUUAGAAGGGGAACUAACUGAGCUGAAGAGAGACCUGGAGUCUCUGGAAUCCACCCUGGCCAAGAAUGAGAAAGAGAAACAGGGUCUGGACUUCAAGGUGCGAACUCUGACAGCUGACUUGAGCCAAAGAGACGACCAAAAUGCCAAACUGCAGAAGGAAAAGAGAGCUCUAGAGGAACUGCAACAGAAAACUCUGGAUGAUCUUCAAUCAGAAGAGGACAAAGUUAACCAUCUAACCAAGACCAACAGCAAGCUCAACACCCAAGUGAAUGAGCUGGAAGAUAGCUGGGAGCAGGAGAAGAGGAUCAGGGCAGAGGUGGAGAAGGCGAGAAGGAAGGCAGAGGGAGACCUGAAAAUGACCUUGGAGAACCUGAAUGAAAUGGAGAAUGCUAAGCUAGAUCUGCAGGAAGUCAUCAAGAAAAAAGACUUUGAGAUUAACAACAUAAACUCGAAGGUGGAGGAUGAACAAGCUCUAAGCUCAAUGCUCAGCCGCAAGCUCAAAGAGCACCAGGGCCGCAUUGAGGAACUGGAGGAGGAGCUGGAAGCUGAACGGGCCAUGAGAGCCAAGGUGGAGAAGCAGAGAGCAGAGCUGUCCAGAGAUCUGGAGGACCUCAGUGACCGACUGGAAGAAGCAGGAGGAGCCACGGUUACCCAGAUUGAGCAGAACAGGAAGCGAGAAACCGACCUGCUGAAGCUGAAACGGGAGCUCGAGGAGGCGACGCUCCAAUCAGAGGCCACGGCGGCAGCCCUGAGGAAAAAGCACUCGGGUGCGAUGGCAGAGCUGGGGGAGCAGCUGGAGAACCUGAUGAGGCUGAAAGUGAAACUGGAGAAGGACAAGCACAGCAUGAAAGCGGAGAUAGAAGAUCUGAACAUCAGCAUGGAGGCCAUUCAGAAAGCAAAGAUAAACUCUGAGGCUCAUGCACGUAAGCUGGAGGACAACCUGGCAGAAGCUAAUGCUCGCCUGGCUGAGAUGGAGCGCUCUCAGACUGAGCUCAACACCACAAAAAUCCACCUGACUGCAGUGGUGGCCCUGGCCAAUGCUCGCCAUGACCUGGCACUCCUACAGGAGCAGCUGGAGGAGGAGUCGGAGGCCCGUGGGGAGCUCCAGCGCCUUGUGUCCAAGCUCAACGCUGACGUCAACACCUGGAGGAGCAAAUAUGAGACGGACACCAUCCACCGCACCGAGGAGCUUGAAGAGACCAAGCGUAAACUUGCAGUGCGUCUCCAGGAGGCUGAGGAGGCAGCAGAGGCAGCCCAGGCCAAAGCUGCCAGUCUGGAGAAGGUCAAGCAAAGGCUGCAGGGGGAGGUGGAGGACCUCACCAUAGACCUGGAGAAGUCCAACGCAGCAGCAGCAGCUCUGGAUAAGAAACAACGAGUUUUUGACAAGCUGGCGGCCGAGUGGAGUCAGAAGAAUGAGGAGCUGCAACUGGAGCUGGACAACAGCCAAAAGGAGAGCCGCUCCUACAUGACAGAGCUUUACAAGCUGAAGACGGCCUACGAGGAGGGGCAGGAUCAGAUAGACGUCAUGCGCAAGGAGAACAAAACCCUCUCAGAGGAGAUCAAGGAGUUGGUCGACCAGCUUGGGGAAGGAGGCCGCAGCGUCCAUGAGCUGCAGAAGGCAAAAAAGAAAGUGGAGGUGGAGAAAGAGGAGCUGCAGCUGGCUCUGGAGGAGACUGAAGCUUCACUAGAGGUGGAAGAAGGUAAACUGGUACGUGUUCAGCUGGAGCUGGCUCAGGUCAAGGCCGACAUCGACCGCAGAAUCCAUGAGAAAGAGGAAGAGUUUGAGGUGACCAGGAAGAACCAUGCACGUGCAGUGGAGUCGCUACAGGCCACCUUGGAGGCAGAGGCCAAAGGUCGUGCCGAGGCUCUGAGGAUGAAGAAGAAGAUGGAGGGAGACUUGAAUGAGAUGGAGAUUCAGCUGGAGCACGCCAACAGGAACAACGCUGAGCUGGUCAAAACCCUCAAGAAGCUGCAGCAGCAGAUCAAAGAUCUGCAGGUGCAGAUGGAUGAGGACGCCCGUCAGCACGACGAGCUCAGAGAAAAGUACAACCUGCAGGACCGCCGUCUGUGUCUGAUGCAGGCUGAGAUGGAGGAGCUGAGGGGAGGCCUCGAGGCGUCCGAAAGAGCCCGCAAACAAAUCGAGCAAGAGCUGGUGGACACCACAGAGAGGUUCAGUGAAAUCACAAUGCAGAACCAAAGUCUGACCAUCCUGAAGAGGAAAAUGGAGACUGACCUUGCCCAACUGUCUAGUGAGAAUGAAGAACUGAUCUCAGAGUUUCGUGCUACUGAUGAAAGAGCCAAGAAGGCUGUGAUUGAUGCAACGCGACUGUGUGAGGAGCUGCGGCAGGAGCAGGACCGGAACUCCCACCUGGAGAAGAUCAAGAAGAACCAGGAGCAGAACCUCAGAGACCUCACGCUGAAGCUGGAGGAGGCUGAGCAGCAGGCCCUGAAGGCCGGCAAACGCACCAUCCAGAAACUGGAAACCAGGAUUAAGGAGCUGGAGAAUGAGCUGGACCAGGAGCAGAAGCGUCACACCGAGACGGUAAAAAGUCUUCGCAAAGGAGAACGUCGACUCAAGGAGCUGAUCUUCCAGACGGAGGAAGACCACAAGACCAAUCAGCGCAUGCAGGAGCUGGUGGAGAAACUCCAGAACAAGCUCAAGUCCUACAAACGACAGAUAGAGGACGCUGAAGAGCAGGCCAACAGCAGCCUGUCUAAAUACAGGAAGACUGUCCAGGAGCUGGACGAUGCAGAGGAGCGAGCGGAAAUGGCAGAGAUGGCCCUGAAUAAAAUGAGGACCAGGAACCGAGCAUCGGCCAACAAAGGCUUCACCUCAGUGGAGAUAGUCCAGGUCACCAAGCCUUCCAGCGGAGGACAGGAGGGGUAGAGAGGAAACAAAACACACACUGCUUAGAGUGACAAACACCUAUUCACCCUGCAGAGGACGCUUCACCGAGGAAAUACGAGCUCAGACACCCAGAGUAAAGUCUUAAAAAGUCUUUGAAAAGUCUUAAUAUGAAACGAGUACUUAACAUCACCCAUAGUCUUAAUCUGUAUAGUCUUAGUGUUGCUUACCGAACCUGUAGGAGCCAGUUAAAGCUGAAGAUUUGCUGUCAGGAUGAACUCUAUAUGUCUGUAGGUGUUUGAUGUUUAACGGUCAGGAGUGGAGUUUUGUGUGCUGUCAUAGUUCUGUAAAGGUUUUAUUGUGUAUUAGUACGUGUGCGGCUCGUAUACUAAGUAUUAGCGUAUUUGCACUGGAGUAGGUAAAGCUGCGUUCUCACGUCAACGAUAGAGAACCCACCUGUGUUUGUCACCUCUAAUGUGUGUGUGGUCUACUGCACAGUCUUAAUAAACCGCAAUGAAGCAAACA